CGCAAACAUCACCACGCCUAUUCCUGGGUACACAAUCCCCCCUGGCCGCCGCUCUUUUCUGCUUCUUACGCUUCCUCACAAUGAACGACUCUUUUAUCUGGUUUCCCUUCUGAUACCCCACAUUUAGACUUGCAUACAUACCCGUCUGCUUCACCCGCAAAAAACCCCCAAAAGGCCAAGGCCCCCCCCCAAAUCGCCCUGCUAUCUGCUUGGUCCAUGCGCACAGUCUUGUACUACCAACCUCCUGUUCCCUGCGCCUAUUAGCAUUGAGCCAAAAUGGCGUCAACUGAUGCCGCCGCUCCCAUUGACGCUUUUACCUCCCUCAUCAAUACUACUACUUUACUCGACUUGGCCCGCCGCUUCUCGGCAACCUACAGCCACCUCGCCAGGACCUCAACAGAGCAUUUCCUCGCUACUCCCGUCACUGCUCUGCCUACUGGAAAGGAAAAGGGCAAAUUCCUGAGCAUUGAUGUUGGCGGAACUAAUCUAAGAGUUGGAUUCGUGGAGCUGAUUGGAGAGCCAGAGGCUUCUGCGGGGAGUGAGCGUAGCCGGAGCAGCACCAUCGGGGACAAUGUCUUUGCUCAGAUCAACCGAAGUCAUGACAAAAACUGGCCAAUUGGAGAUCACCUGAAAAUGGACCAAGCCGAAGACCUCUUUGCCUGGAUAGGUGACUGCAUCGCCGAGGUAGUAAAGGGCGCUCUUGACAAACAGGAGAGCAGUGGCAGUCAAGUCAGCACGCCCCUAGGCGAUGAGAUUCUGCUUGGUAUCACCUUUAGCUUUCCAAUGGCCCAGACUCGUCUAUCAGAGGCAACUCUGCUGCCAAUGGGCAAGGGAUUCGCUAUCACAUCUGACUUGAACUUGGGCAAGAUGCUUCUUGCAGGAUACGCCCGACACUGCGAUGGUUCCCAGCAAAACAAGCCGCCAUUACCAAGGAUACGUGUUGCAGCCAUCACAAACGACACAGUAGCCACGUUUGCGUCACUCGCCUACGCAGUCAAGGCUUCACCAAACAGUCGCGUAGCAAUGGGUCUGAUUGUCGGCACUGGAACUAACGCAACAGUACCAAUGAAGCUGGAUCGUCUACACCCUGCAAAGAAGAGUGCCUUGGCCAACCCUGAUGCUGUCGAGACUGUAGUCAUCAACACUGAAUGGACAAUCCGCGGCACUGACAAGCCUCUGAUCGAUCUCAACAUCAAAACUUCCUGGGACAUGACACUCGAUGCAAACAGCGACGCACCAGGUUUUCAGCCAUUCGAGUACAUGACAUCAGGGCGCUACCUCGGCGAAAUCGUACGCCUGAUAUUCAUCGACGUAGUCUCCAAAGACACAAGCGUGCAAAUCCCACCGUCCCUCCAAACCAAAAACACCCUCCCCACCAGAUUCCUCUCAGAAAUCAUUGCGCGAAAGGGCGGCCGCAUCGUACAGCAAGAACUAGAAAGCAGAUACCCCGAUGCAAGUCCAUCCGACGACCCCUUCUGGACCGUUGACAGGGUAGAAAUGAUCCGUGACAUCGCCGAAGCAGUCCAACAACGCUCCUCCGCUCUCGUCGCCGCCGCAUGCGUUGGGCUUCUGAAUUGUGUCAGCGAAGUAUCUCUCGACGGCGCAAAAGCACCCAGCAACGGUACACACAAUAGUACCAAGAGCAAGCGCGAGAUUGAAGAGCUGGUCAUUGCCUAUGCGGGCGGUACCAUCUCACAGUAUCCAAAGUGGCUGCAGACGUGUCAGCAAUGGAUCGAUAUUCUGGUUGAGGAGGGUUCAGCGGAGAAUUCGAGCAAGCAGGUUACGCUCAAGGAAGCGAAAGAUGGGGGUAUUAUCGGGGCGGGUGUGUUGGCUGCUAUGACGGAUGAUAUGGCAUGAAAGAUGUGUUUGUGUGUGUGUUGAGCGGAAAUAGAGAUGUGUAUUCACCUUAACAAUAAUAACGUAGUUUACAAGCGAGUGAGCCAUACAAGCGAGUGAGCCACCCCACCAACUUUACGCACCUCUCUUGUUACAAUAUACAAUGACUCCACCA